AUGCUUCGAAGGACAGCAGGAGAGAUUCUGAAAAAGAGCCCAAACGAUGUGGUAAUUCUCUCCGCAGUGCGAAGUCCCAUCGCACGGGCAUUCAAGGGAGGUUUCAAAGAUGCGUACCCAGAAGAGAUUCUGAUGCCGGUCAUGCAAGCAGCCGUUAGGCGUGCAAAUAUCGAGCCGGGUCAGGUUAAUGACGUGCUAAUUGGGAAUGUUCUUUCGGAGCUGGGUUUUGCAAAGACCGGGCGCAUGGCUCUCAAUGCUGCGGGGUUCCCGAACUCCACGACUUUCCACACUGUCAAUCGGCAGUGUUCCAGUAGUCUGCAAGCGAUCACGCAUAUCUCGCAUUCAAUUUUAGCGGGACAGAUCGACGUCGGAAUUGGAGGUGGUGUGGAGAGUAUGACGCGGAAUUAUUCGACACGUGGAAUUCCAGUGGAUGUUUCGCCUUUACUGAAGGAGUCGCCAAAGAAGGAUGCGACAGAUUGUUUAUUGCCCAUGCUGCAGACUUCAGAAAAUGUCGCAUCGCGGUAUGGGAUUAGUCGACGUGAGCAGGAUGAGUUUGCCGCGGAGAGUCAGCGUCGUGCGACGGAGGCUCAACGAUCUGGCAGGUUUGCGAAUGAGAUCGUGCCCGUUCAAGUUAGAUCAAUCAGCGCAGGUAUUGACGAGGAGACAAUUACGGUGGUCGAGCGUGAUGAGGGCGUUCGUACAAAUGUGACUGCGCAGAAGUUGGCAACGCUGAGUCCUGUGAUAGAGGAUGGGUCUAGCACUGCUGGGAAUUCUUCUCAAAUUUCUGAUGGUGCCUCAAGUGCCAUACUUGCUCGCCGGUCCUGGGCCGAUGCUCACGGCUUGAAGCCCAUUGCCCGGUUUGCUGGCACCCAAGUCGCGGGCUGUGCGCCCGACGAAAUGGGAAUCGGGCCCAUUUUUGCGAUUCGAAAUCUUUACAAAUAUCUAAGAAUCGAAAACAAAGACAUCGACAUUGUGGAAAUGAAUGAAGCAUUUGCAAGCCAGUCCAUUUACUGCAUCCGUGAGCUGGGUCUGGACAUGAGCAAGAUUAAUCCGAAUGGUGGUGCCAUUGCUCUAGGACAUCCUAUCGCAGCGACCGGUGCCAGACAGGUCGCUACGCUGCUCUCGGAGCUUCAAAGACAAGGUAAAGAGAUGGGCAUCGUGAGCAUGUGUGCCAGUACCGGUAUAGGAGUGGCAUCUCUCUUCAUUCGCGAAUAA